AAUAUGCAAAUCAAGAAGUUAUUGAGGUUCCGCAAUAAAAUAACAAUUCAAACAGUUUUCAGUGCAUAAAGAAAAUUAGAUAGAGUGUUACGAUAUAAUACAAUUUGCGGCGUACAUGAUAACAGUUUUAAUAACAUGAAAACACCGAUCUCAAGAAAAUUGAUGCUAUCCAUUGUUCUGUUAUUGUAUCAAGCAAUUUAUCUUGCAGCGAGAAACGAAGAAGAAUGCAAGUUAAAUUAUGAUGUUUACGUGCCUUCGAAUGAACUUCAGUGCCAGGAUAAUGCUUCAAAUAAUGAUUUAUCCGUCAUCGAACGAUACAGACCUACAAAGAAAUUUUGCACGUCAAAUUUUAAUACAACAGAUGUUUUAGUAUUUACGAUCGCAUCCAACGAGACAGAUGGCUUUCAAAGAUAUUUGAGAUCGGUUGAGGUCUACGGAUUUCGUGACAACUUGAAGAUUCUUGGACUAGGCCAGCCCUGGAGAGGCGGUAAUGUCACGUAUUAUGCCGGCGGUGGAUAUAAAAUCAAUCUUCUCAAAAAGGCUUUGGAGGAUUAUCGAAACGAUGAGAAGAAGAUCAUCUUGUUCACCGAUAGUUAUGAUGUGAUAUUUCUUGGCGGUUUAUCUACUAUCGUCGAGCGAUUCCUGGAUACCAAUGCUCGAAUCUUAUUCUCUGCGGAAGCGUUUUGCUGGCCGAAUAAGUCCUUGGCGAUUCAGUAUCCACCUGUAUCUGCGUAUCUAGACAAACAGUAUCUGAAUUCUGGAGGUUUCAUCGGGUACGCGUCCGACAUAUACGAAAUCCUGGAAAAGACGUCGAUCAAAGAUGACGACGAUGAUCAAUUGUUUUAUACGAACAUUUACCUACAGGACGCGCUUAGGAUACGACAUAAAAUCAAGCUGGAUCAUAAAUCCGAAAUAUUCCAGACUCUCUAUGGUGCGGUAGAUGAUGUGGAGCUUAAAUUCAAAGAAGAAGAGGCUUAUCUUGUAAAUAAAGUUUACAACACGGCGCCCUUGAUACUCCACGGCAAUGGGUUGAGCAAGGAUACUUUAAAUUCUAUGGGCAAUUAUUUAGCUCAUGCUUGGACACCGAACGAGGGAUGUUUAGCCUGCUUGGAUCGAACUAUCGAACUUGACAAAAACAAGCCGGAAACAUAUCCGAUUAUUUUAAUAGCUAUAUUCAUUGAAUACCCUACGCCCUUCUUGGAAGAAUUCUUUGAAACUAUUUAUCAUCAAGCCUAUCCAAAAUCAAGACUACAUCUGCUCAUUUACAACAAUGUGCCCUAUCACCAAAACGUGGUCUCUAACUUCUUCGAGAAGUUUAGUCAGGAGUAUCUAAGCGCGAAACAAAUAUUGCCAGAAGACAAAAUCAGCGAAGUUGACGCGAGAAAAUUAGCGCUGGACCAUUGCUUGUUGAAAGAGUGCUCCGGAUAUUUGUCAGUGGACGCGGUCGCGCACUUGGACAAUAAACAUACGUUGAAGUUACUGGUGGAGCAGCAGAGAGGGAUCGUCGCACCUUUACUUAUUCGACCUAAUAAGCUAUGGAGUAACUUUUGGGGCGCCUUAAAUAACGGAUUUUACGCGCGGAGUUUCGAUUACAUGGAGAUAAUAAAUAACAAACGCAGGGGACUGUGGAACGUGCCAUUCGUCUGUAACUGUUACUUGAUCAACGCAACCAUUAUAGCAAACAAGGCGACUCGACCGUCCUAUGAAGAUGCCAGUCAGGAUACGGAAAUAGCCUUCGCUCAGGGAAACCGACAGAGAGGUCUAUUCAUGUACCUCAACAAUAGAUUCGAUUUCGGCCAUCUCGUCAAUCCUGAUACCUACGACAUUCGUCUUACCUACCCGGACAUGUACCAAAUCAUGGACAAUCAGCUGGACUGGGAGAGAAGAUACAUUCAUCCGAAUUAUAGCGAGAACUUUAAUCCCGACAAGAAACCAAUACAGCCAUGUCCCGAUGUUUACUGGUUCCCCAUCUCCACUCUCAGAUUCACCAAGGAACUUAUUGGGAUCGUCGAGACUUUCGGACAAUGGUCCGAUGGAUCUAAUCACGAUCCACGUUUGACGACUGGUUAUGAAAGCGUACCGACUCGUGAUAUUCAUAUGAAUCAAGUUCAAUAUGAACAACAAUGGUUGUACUUUUUGAAAGAAUAUGUUAGACCGUUACAGGAGCUCGUCUUCAUUGGCUACUUUCAUGAUCCACCACGGUCAAUUAUGAAUUUCGUCGUAAGAUACCGCCCGGACGAGCAGCCGUCCUUGCGGCCACAUCACGACUCCUCGACUUAUACUAUCAACAUUGCCUUGAAUGAGGCAGGUGUGGACUACAAAGGCGGUGGAUGCAGGUUUAUUCGAUAUAAUUGCUCCGUCACCGAUACGAAGCCAGGCUGGAUGCUGAUGCAUCCCGGAAGAUUAACACACUAUCACGAGGGAUUGCGAGUGACCGCGGGCACGCGUUAUAUUAUGAUCUCCUUUGUAGAUCCGUGAUGGGAUUCAUCAUGGAACAAAUCUGCAAAUUAUCCAACUGCCAAUAUGAUAAAAAUAUAUGUUAAGAAUAUAAAAAAAAGAAGAAAAAGCGAAUUAUUAAAGAGAAAUAUAAUUCUAUGAACGACAUUCAUUGUUGUCAGUUAAAAAUGUCAAUUGUCAUUGAUGGACUGAAUAGUGCAUUUAACAGAAAUGAAAAUGCUUGAUCAAUGUAUUAUUUUUGUACUUCGAUGUAAAUGCUCAUCUGCGCAUGUUUUUUAUAGUUAGCAGUCGCAGAUUUGUAUAAAAACAAAACUAAAUAUAUUUAUUACAUAUUUUAUGGUAAUAUAUAUGUAUGUAUAAAUUGUAAUAAUAACAUUUAUUAAUAUUUGAACUCAUCAGUCUUCAAAAUAUAUGUGAACGAAUCAUUAAUAUAGUAUAUAAUAAUAAAUGUUAUUAAACAUUGUGA